AUGGCUUUGAUCCCCCCCUGGCCCUUGCUUGCUCCUUUCUUGCUCUCCCUGAGGAGCUUCUCCCCCAGCGCAGCCUCCACCGAGGGCAGCGUCUUCCAGUUGGACGUCGAGGGCAGCGCCGCGGCCGAAGCCCAGGAAGCCACGGUGACCAGAGGGCAGCAGGCAGGAGCUGCUGGAGGUUGGGUGCCCUUUGCAGAGGGCUGUGCAGAGGGGUUUUACCGCACCAGCUCGGGCCAGUGCUCCCCUUGCAGCUGCAACGGGAACGCCAACAGGUGCCUCGAUGGAUCCGGGAUCUGCGUGGGCUGCCAGAGAAACACCACAGGGCAGCACUGUGAGCUGUGUCCCGACGGCUUCAUCGGCGACCUUGACCAAGGAGUGCCCACCUUCUGCCAGCCCUGCCCCUGCCCCCUGCCUGCUCUUGCCAACUUUGCCGUGUCCUGCUACAGGAAGGGUGGGAGUGUGCGCUGUGUCUGCCAGGAGAACUAUGCAGGACCCAACUGUGAGAGGUGUGCCCCGGGAUACUACGGGAACCCUUUGCUGGUGGGAAGCACGUGCAAGAAGUGCGACUGCAGCGGCAACUCGGACCCCAACCUGCUGUUUGAGGACUGCGACGAGGUGACGGGGCGGUGCCGCAACUGCCUGCACCGCAGCAGCGGCCCCCGCUGCGAGCGCUGCGCCCCCGGGUACUUCGGGGAUGCCAGGGUGGCCAAGAACUGCACAGAAUGUAACUGUGGAGGGAGAAUGUGUGACAGCCAGACUGGAGAAUGCCUCGCAGACAGUCCUGAAGUUUCUACUGGCACAGACUGCCCGACCAUCAGCUGUGACAAGUGUAUCUGGGACCUGACAGAUGACAUCCGAUUGGCAGUCCUGGCCAUUGAUGAAAGCAAAGCCACGUUACUGAGCAUUUCUACUGGUGUUGCAGCUCAAAAGCGCCUGAAUGACUUGAACCUCACGGCCACCCAUCUCCAGGCAGCCAUGUCCAAAAAAAAGAACCACGCUGCGCUUUGGACCAUCCAGGUGGAUGAUGCUGCGGAUGAAAUGAAUGAUCUCCUGAGAGAGACAGCAACACUUGAUGAACAGGGAAAUGAAGCAUCCAGCAAAGGCCUGUUGGUCCAGAAGGAAACCAUGGAGACCAACCACCGUGCUACCCAGCUUGUGCAGCAGCUCAGCAACACGAGGGACAACAUCCAAGAGAUCAGCAGCAAGAUGGAAUAUUACGCGAUUCAGUACAUCCAAGGCCGCCAGCCCUUCACUCCCCAGCGGCAGGUGGCAGACAAGGAGGAAGGCAUGUCAGGGCAGUUGCUCCAGCAGGUUGAAGAGUUUCAUGAGAGGUACAAUGACACCAGGGCUCUGGUAUCUGAUGUGCUGGAGCAGCUCAGCGAGCAGGACGUGAAGCUGUCAGACCUGGGGGAGGCACUGGACCAGGCACUUGACUAUGUGCUCCAGACAGAGGAUAUAACCAAGGGAAACACAGCCAGGCUCCAGAGGCAUGAGAAACAACAAGAGAAAAUAAAAGAGCAAAUAGAGGAAGUGAACAGUGUUCUGCUGAGUGCCACAGCAAUUCUGGAAGGGCCACAGAAGGUCAGCUCUGAGCUAAGUGAGGUGAUAAAGAACGUGUCAGGGCUCUAUGCAGAGAUAGAUGGAGCAAAGAAGGAACUGCAAGAAAAACUGUCCAAUCUGUCUCUGUUUGAUGCUGAUUUGGUAGAGAAGGCCAUGCAACAUGCACUCCUCCUGAGAAGACUUGCUGAUGAGCUGGCUGGGAAGCUGUAUGGUGUGGAUACCAAUGGCUUGGUGCAAAGGGCAAUAAAUGCUUCCAACGUGUAUGAAAACAUUGCUGGUUACAUUGCAGAAGCCCAGAAAGCUGCUCUGCUGGCACUGAACACAACACACCGGGUCAAGGAUGCUGCAGGUGGAAUUGACACUCAGAUCAUUUACCAUAGAGGUAAAAGUGAAGAACUUCUCCACCGAGCCAUGGAGCUACAACGGGCAGCAGAAGACAGCCAGGAUGCCGCAGUGGCAGGGACGGGCCGGCAGGUGAACGGCCCCCUGGGCAGGGUGCGCGCGCUGCGGAGCCAGCUGCUGGGAGCCAUCUCCAGCCUGCAGGCAGCAGGGACAGUGGAGGCCCGGGAGCGCCUGGAGCAGGCCCAGCUGCAGACUGCAGAGGCUGUGAGUGCCACCACCUCCGUCACCCAGGCCACGGCGCCCAUGGGGGAGAACGUCAAGCUCUGGUCUCAAAACCUGCAGGACUUCCAGCACAACUCAGCAGCGUAUGACAGCGCUGUGCACUCGGCUGGGGACGCAGUGCAGAAACUGACAGAAGUCUUCCCUCAACUCCUGGACAAGCUGCGCAGGGUGGAACAGAAGGCACCAGCAAACAAUAUUUCUUCCAGCAUUCAGAGGAUCAGAGAGUUAAUCGCUCAAACCAGGAGUGUAGCAAGCAAGGUCCAGGUGUCUAUGAUGUUUGGAGGACAAUCAGCUGUUGAAGUCAAUCCCAAGAUCAACGUGGAGGAACUGAAAUCUUUCACUUCCAUGAGCUUGUACAUAAAGUUUGAAAAAGACAACCCAGAACUGGCAGCAUCUCCAGACAGAUUCAUUUUGUACCUCGGAAGUAAAAACGCAAAAAGUUACAUUGGUCUUGCAAUUAAAAAUGACAACCUUGUGUACAUCUAUAAUCUGGGGGGACAAGAUGUGGAGAUACCUCUGGAUGCCAAGCCAGUCAGCACGUGGCCUUCUUACUUCAGCAUCAUCAAAAUUGAGAGGAUUGGAAGACAUGGCAAAAUGUUUUUAACUGUGCCCAGUCUCAGCAGCACAGCUGAAGAAAAAUUCAUCAAAAAGGGAGAGGUUCUUGGUCCUGGCUCCCUCCUGAAUUUGGAACCUGAGAAUGCUGUUUUCUAUGUUGGAGGAGUGCCUCCAGACUUCCAGCUGCCCCCCAGCUUGGACCUGCCCGGCUUCGUGGGCUGCCUGGAGCUGGCCACCCUGAACGACCAGGUGAUCAGCCUCUACAACUUCAGGCACCUCUACAACAUGGACACCACCAGAUCACCCCCCUGUGCCAGAAACAAGCUGGCUUUCACCCAGAGCAGGGCUGUGAGCUACUUCUUUGAUGGCUCUGGCUACGCCGUGGCCAGAAACAUCGAGCGGAGGGGAAGGUUCAGCCAAGUGACCCGGUUUGACAUCGAGGUGCGAACGCCCACAGACAACGGGUUGAUCCUGCUGAUGCUCAACGGGAGCAUGUUCUUCAGCCUGGAGAUGCACGACGGGUUCCUGCACCUCCGCUACGACUUUGGCUUCAGCUCUGGCCCCGUGCUGCUCCAGGACUCCAUGAGGAAGGCUCAGAUUAAUGAUGCCAGAUUUCAUGAGAUUUCUAUUAUCUAUCACAACUCUAAGAAGAUGAUCUUGGUAGUUGACAGGAGACAUAUAAAAAGUGUGGACAAUGAGAGGACAGCCAUGCCAUUCACAGACAUCUACAUUGGAGGAGUUACUGCUGAGGUCUUGCACUCCAGCAGCAUUAGUUCACAGCUGGCAGGAACCAUUGGCUUUAAAGGCUGCAUGAAGGGUUUCCAGUUCCAAAAGAAGGACUUCAACUUGUUAGAAGAACCAGGAACCCUGGGAAUCAGCUAUGGGUGCCCAGAGGAUUCACUGAUAUCCCGCAAAGCCUAUUUCAAUGGAGAGAGCUUCAUUGCAUCCAGCCAGAAAGUGUCUCUCUUGGGUGAAUUUGAAGGAGGCUUUAAUUUCCGGACACUGCAACCCAACGGGCUGCUCUUCUACUAUUCAGAAGGAUCAGAUGUAUUAUCCAUCUCCAUGGACAGAGGUGCUGUGGUUUUAAAUGCAAGUGGAACCAAAAUUCAAUCCCCCGACCGAAAUUACAACGAUGGGAAAACCCACUUCAUCAUGACUUCUGUCACCCCAGAAAGAUACGAGCUGAGUGUUGACGACAAGAAACAAAGCAAGAAGAACCCAGCAAAGGACAGAGCAGGAAAAAGCCCAGAGGGUGGCAAGAAGUUUUAUUUUGGUGGCUCUCCCCUCAGAACCCAGCAAGCCAACUUCACGGGCUGCAUAAGCAAUGCUUACUUCACCAGGUUGGACCGAGAGGUUGAAGUGGAAGAUUUCCAGCAGUACCCUGAGAAAGUUCAGGCUGCUUUGUAUGGAUGCCCUGUUGAAUCUCCUCCAGUUGCUCUUCUCCACAAGAAAGGAAAAAACUCAUCAAAAGCCAAAGGGAACCGUAAUAAAAAGGUGGGAAGGGAUAAAGACAAGAUCUCACAGCCUUCAGGGGGCCUCAAAAAGCUGCAUCAAGAGGUGAACAUGCAAAGAGACCCUCAGUGCCACUUGCCUGUGAAUCCCAAGGCAACCAGAGAUGCAUUCCAGUUUGGAGGAACAGCAAACAGCCGCCAGGAAUUUGAUCACAUCCCAAAGGACUUUGGUGAAAGAGCUCAGUUCUCCAUCAGUCUGAAAACCCACUCAUCUCAUGGAAUGAUUUUCUACGUCUCGGAUCAACAAGAGACCAACUUCAUGGCCCUUUUUGUUGCCCACGGGAGGCUCAUCUUCAUGUUCAAUGCUGGGCAUCAGAAGAUAAGGAUUAAGAGCCAAGAGAAAUACAAUGAUGGCCUCUGGCACAACGUGAUAUUUAUGAGAGGCAGGAAUAUUGGUCGGUUGAUCAUCGAUGGUCUCCGAGUACUGGAAGAACCUUUUGGUGGUAAUGCCAGUCCUUGGCAAGUCACCAAACCACUCUACAUUGGGGGUGUUGCUCCAGGAAAAGCUGUAAAAAAUAUCCAGAUUAACUCUGUCUACAGUUUCAGUGGCUGCCUCAGCAAUUUACAGCUCAAUGGGAGAUCAGUCACCUCAGCCUCCCAGACGUUCAGUGUCACACCUUGCUUUGAAGGCCCAGCCGAAGCAGGAACAUACUUCUCAUCAGAAGGAGGAUAUGUCGUCCUUGAUGAAUCCUUCAGCCUAGGCUUGAAAUUUGAGGUCGUUUUUGAGCUCCGUCCCCGAAGCAGCUCCGGGAUUUUGCUGCACGGCCACAGUGUGAAUGGGGAGUACCUGAACAUGCACAUGAGAGAUGGACAGGUUACUGUGAAACUCCAUAAUGGAAUCAGGGAGUUUUCAACUUCAGUGACACUGAAACAGAGUCUCUGCGAUGGCAGGUGGCACCGAAUUGCAGUUAUUCGAGAUGCUAACGUGGUGCAGCUGGAUGUGGACUCUGAAGUCAACCAUGUGGUGGGGCCACUAAACCCAAAGGCAGUUGACCACAAGGAGCCAGUGUUCAUUGGAGGUGUGCCAGAGUCCCUGCUGACAUCCAGCCUGACCACACGCAGCUCCUUCAUCGGCUGCAUCCGCAACUUCAUGAUUGAUGAGAAGCCAGUGAGUUUUAGCAAAGCAGCUUUGGUUAGUGGUGCUGUAAGCAUCAACACCUGCCCAGCAGCCUGACAGGGCCUGCAUCAACCCUGUGCAGCUCCUUGGACCACAGAAAGAAAAACGGGACAAAAGAAACCAGGUUCAUCAAGAGAAGAAGGAUGAAAAGAUGAAGGAUUCAUCUACAGAAA